UGUAGAAAGUGUGACGCAAUCCCCCAAUUAAACCCUUUCCUUCCUUCCAUUUCAUUCUCCGAUGGCCACACCGGACCCAAUCCUCAACGGCACCACCUCACAACCACUCACCGAGCCACCCCCCGCCGCCGAACCUGAAUCCGCCGACAAAAGAUGGCCGGGCUGGCCCGGCCACUGCGUGUACCGGAUAAUCGUGCCGGUCCUCAAGGUCGGCAGCAUCAUCGGCCGCAAAGGCGAACUCAUCAAGAAGACUUGCGAAGAGACUCGAGCUCGCAUUCGCGUUCUCGAUGCUCCCCUUGGUACUCCUGAUCGAAUCGUACUUGUAUCAGGGAAAGAAGAGCCAGAGGCACCUCUUUCUCCUGCAAUGGACGCGGUGAUAAGGAUAUUUAAACGCGUCUCGGGAUUGGCUGAAAUUGAAGCAGCUCCUGGGGCUACAUUUUGUUCCGUCCGUUUAUUGGUGGCGUCGACUCAGGCUAUCAAUUUGAUUGGAAAGCAGGGCUCUUUGAUUAAAUCCAUACAGGAGAGUACCGGUGCUGCUGUUAGAGUAUUGACUGGAGAUGAGCUUCCAUCCUAUGCUGCUGCUGAUGAGAGGAUUGUGGAAGUGCAGGGGGAACCCUUGAAGGUCCUUAAAGCUCUGGAAGCAGUAGUUGGACACUUGAGGAAGUUUUUGGUUGAUCAUACUGUUCUUCCCCUAUUUGAGAAACCUGGCAAUGCUACAAUCUCCCAAGACCGCCAGACAGAUGCCUGGGCUGACAAACCAUCACUGCAUAGUGCUUCACAAACUAGCAUUGUUGCUGAUAUUCCUCUUUCAAAUAAAAGGGAUUCUUUCUAUGCUGACCGUGAAAGUCAAUUGGAGUCAUUUAUCUCUUCCUCGUCAAUGUCAUUAUAUGGGCAAGACUCAUCACUUUCUGGUCUGCGUUCUUCAGCUCUUAGUCGUGCCACCCCUCCUAUUGUUACAACGGUAAUACAAACAAUGCAAAUACCACUGUCCUAUGCAGAGGACAUAAUUGGUAUGCAAGGGUCAAAUAUUGAUUACAUUCGCCGUACUAGUGGAGCCAUAUUGACUGUGCAAGAGAGCCGGGUGCCUGAUGAAAUCAUUGUGGAAAUAAAAGGCACCUCAUCACAGGUUCAAAUAGCACAACAAUUGAUUCAGGAUGCUAUAACCCAUCACCAGGAACCUGUCGCUAGUAGUUACAGCAGGUUAGAUGCAGGUCUGAGAUCUUCUUACUCUCAAUUGGGAAGUUCAUCGUAUCCGUCGUCUUCAUUGCCCUCGCAACCCUACAAUGGGUAUGGAUCUUCUGGUCUAGGAGGAGGCUAUAGUAGUACUUUCAGACUAUAAAUUGGUCUCCCUAUGUUCACCAGGAUUUCAUAGAGCUAAAGUGUUAUAAUUGGGCCUGAUCGGAGAGAAUUGAUGUAUUAAGCCACCAAAAAUACGUUCUUUUAUCUGAUGUAAUGGGGCAAUUUUCACUGUGGCUAAGAGUUGAGUAGUGCAAUAGAAAAUGUAAUGAAAUAUUAAGUUAUUAACCAUUUUCAUGAUAUUCAGUUUCCUUGUGUAUAAGUGCAUUGACAUGAAAGCUUAGCUUCUAUAGGGUUUUGAAGCUAUAUUAUGUAUCUGUUAUUUUAGGGUUUGCUCUGCUUAUUUUCUUACCUUGUCACUGUUGUAAUAUAUUUGCUUAAAGCUGCCCUAAUGUUAAUGUGAGGAAAAUUUUCAAUGCUA